AUGAAUCUGUACUUUGGUCUGGCAUGUGUGCUUUUUUCGGCGGUGCAUGUGGCAAAGUGCAUAAAGCCAUCGCAUGGGGGUGCGGUUGCGUGUGUGGAGGCUGUGGUCGGCCGUUCGGGUGGAGAAGACGUGUGUGUGAACCCCAAAUGGGCUGGGCAUCCCGCGUGCAUACCUUGGCUGUGCUGGCUGGGCUAUGUGCGCAAUAUGCGGGGAUACUCUUCUGGGAUGGCCACGCAUUUCAGCACAGAUACGGGCUCCAGCCACGGGUAUGCAACCUAUGCGCACAGAGAGGGGCUGCACCUUCCAGGCGACAUUGAGGGCGCUGCCGCAUUUGGAAAGAACGGGGGAUACAGUUUGCUGUUCCACAGGACGCUGCUGCAGAUGUUCGGGCUGCGGAGAGACGGCGGGCUGGCGUACGACUGUCUGACGGUUGAGACAGGACGACCAUGCUCUUUCACGCUGUUUCUUCGGGAGGGAUGCAGAACGCAAAAAGAGGCGCACUACGUGCUGGCUGCGCUGGUUUUGCUGAGCGAGGGCGUGGACGUGCCGAUUAAAGUGGCUGGGAACCGAGUCAUAGUAAAAAAAAGCCAGGAAAGCGCAGACGUGCUGGUGGAUGCAAGCAUGGAGGCUUUUUAUGGCAGCGAAGGACAGCCAUCCGAGACGUGGCAGGUGGUGAGCUUCUUCAAGCGGUACAGAGGCACACACAUGCUACCAAGCACAUACGAAGAGUUUAAAACGGGAGACUUUCUGGAGAGCCCGCAGCUUCUGAUCCUCACGUACAUAGGCGAGUAUGCUACCAGCUUUGAGGAGCUUACGGCAGUCAUGCGGUGCAUAUUUAACCUUCUGGAGGGCAUGGGCCUAGCGGAGAGCUUGGAAGGCCCGGACAGCGUGGCGAGCCGGCUGUUUGUGCCUGCGUGGCGGCUGCCUGAGGCCCAGGCGUAUCUGGACGCGUUUUUGGGCGCGCAGGCGGAGAUAGCGAAUCUGCGGCGCCUGAGCGAGUUUAUGCGCUUUCAAAGGGAAAUAAAAGCGAAGGGGCAUGCUUCCGCCUCUAAGAGCUUCAGCGAGUGCUGCUAUUUGUGCAGCAAUCUGAGCAUGUGUGAAAAAGCCCACUUCGAGUGCAAUGGCAAGUGCAGCAGCUUUCUUGGAGUGUGUGCGCUUUUGCUGUGUCUUGCAUACGACCCAGAAAAAAGGGGGUACAGCCUAGACGGCCUUCUGAGAGGCGCGGAGGACACUAAGGAGGCGGCAAAAACAAGGGCUUUUCUCCAGAAUCUGGGGAAUCACUUAGAAGAGUGCUCUUCCUUUGGCCCGUUCGACCCAUAUAAGUGCAAUUACACGGGCUUGUGGCGCAUAGCCGUCACACAGCUUAAAGACAUUCUUGUGUAUAUAAAGCCGGGCUUUCUGAAGUUUAUGUGGGCGCUUGCGCAGAUGACCGGCCAGCCGCAGGCGGUGGUGAAAAGCCUGCGACCGUGCAAGAUGGCCAUGUGCGGCCUUAAAAAGACCAGCCUGGACAGAAAGAAAAUAAAAAACAUUUGCGCGCUGCUGCGCUCUCUGGCUGUGAAUAAGCAGGUGCAGGUGGGCAUCCAGGAGAAUUCGAGCCGAAAAGGCUACUUGCUUGUGAUAAGCCAUCCACACGAAGAAAAAAGGCGGAGACAGACCCUGAUGCUCUCUUUCCGAAGAAAGGUUUCUCUGGAGAAGCUCGAGCUGCCGACCGUGUUCCAUUUGGCGUGCACAAAGAAAAACAUGAAGAACGCGGCUGCCCAGUACAAAAAAAGCACGGCCUUUUCGGGCUUUGUGUUUGCGGAGUGCAUGGCCCGGGCCGCUCUGGAGUGCCAGGAGGAGGACUUUUUUGGCGAAACCAUCCGGGGCCUACGAAAGGAAGUCCGCAGAGCAGUAGAGUUCAGCCCGGACAGGCCCAACUGUGUGCUUCUGGCGCUGCCUGCUACACACCAGGCCUUUAAAAAAGAGCUGUUCUCUGCGCUUCUGCUGUAUGCGCACGCAAGCCAUGUUGCGCUUAGCCCGCACCAUCCAAUAGCGCGCCUGACUGCGAACCUGGUAGGGCGCAGCAAGGGCGCGCCGAAUGGCAUGGAGCCUGUGCCUUCGUUUGGCGACAUGCUAAAGACCAUGCACCCGAUUGCGCAGAUGUUUGCAGGGCGCGCCGAGCAUUCUUUAGAGCUCUAUAGCCUUUCCGAUUAUGUGCGCAUGCACCCGCCCGAAAAGAGGAAGGCCGCGAUAGGGGAGGCUUACAUGCAGUACUUCCAGAUGUAUGCAGAAAACAAGGGAAAGCCGCUGUUCGAGUGUGAGCGGCUGCACAAGUGCCUGAAAAUAAGGCCCUGGAGCGAAUUCCUGUUCGGAGACAGCCCGCUAGAGUCCCUGCAGGAGAUCAGCAGGCUUGUCCUGGCAGAGCACACAGGAAAAGAUCUGGAAAGGGCGCAGGCGCUGGUGAGAAGGCUGCAGCUUGCGUGGCUCAUCAUUUUGCUCGACAUGGGCCUGGAAAAGCACCGCGAGGACAUUCUCCAGGUGUACCAGAUUGUUGACCUGUGCUGCUCCGAAGCAGAGCUUAAAGAGAUUCGCUGUUUUUUGUCGGGGGAGGACAUAAACAGCGUGGUAGAGCGCUUGCACAGCAUAAAGGCUGCUCUCAUGGGGGCAGGCGGGAUUAAAAAGCUUUCAAUGCUGUGGAAAACGCUGCGCGCUGCAAGGUGA